AUGCGCUCACCGUUCUCUCCGAACCUUCAAGUCCUCGUCACGCUCCCCUCGCCCCUUCGUCCGCUGCCGUACACUCCCAGAUCUUUCACUCUCGACACUCUCGACCAGCGCCAGCCAUGUGAGCCCUUGCUCCCACGCCAGGCGACGCCGUCCGCCGCUGCUGCGACUGCCCAGCCUCUCCCGCCUGCACAGAGCGACGGCGUCCCCUCGCGGUCGUCGUCGGGCGACUCUGCAUCUCCCAACCUCGCAUCCUCGCCCCUCGAGUCGUUCGCCGCCAUCUCGACCGCUCUUCCCACUUCUGCUACCGGCAACACGCCCGGCGCCGGGCCUGGAGGUGUAGGCUACCACGACCGCCAGGACAGCUUCGAGUCUCCGUCCGUCGGCGCGAUGCCUGAGGAGGAGUCCUUCUCGACGAGGAGGCACUCGGUCGACGAGCCUGACGACGCCCUCCGCCGCUACCGAGCUGGCUUGUACAAAUACACUGCUUCCCGCUACGACGAGUUCCAAGCCGACCUCCAGAGGAAGAAGGGUCUCCAGCACCGUCGCUCGAGCCAGUGA